AUGGAGUCACCCAGUUUCCAGCCAACUUUCCUCCAGCGCUUCUUUAUCAAGAUUUUCCACUUCAUUAACAGAUACGUACCGUGGCACAGGCUCCCAGGCUUUCUUGGCGCACUCAACCUCGACUUCCUGCGCAUCGAGCUGCGUGCUUACAACCUCCAUGACGGGUAUUCGUCCGGCUACGCGCAGGGAAACACAGUUGAUCAUCCAUUAGAAGAUGAACGGUUCAUCAAUGCAAGAAACUCAGAUGGCAAGUUCAACUCUGUUGAACUACCACUCAUGGGUUGCUCAGGCAUGCGUUUUGGACGGAAUUUUCCGAGGAAAUACACCCAGAAGCCAAACAAGGACGAGCUUUGGACUCCAAACCCUAGACUAGUCAGUGAGCGGUUCAUGGCAAGGACACCCAGAGGAUUUAUCCCUGCAACAAGUCUAAACUUGCUUGCUGCAGCGUGGAUACAGUUCCAGAUCCAUGACUGGUUCCAACAUGAAAGCAGCGAAGAAAUCCAUAAUAUUCCACUUCCAUCAGGGGAUACAUGGCCUCAUGGUCGCAUGAUCCUUCAACGCACGAAGCCUGAUGAGACGCUAGACGAAUCUGAUAUUCAGUGCCCGGGUUACAAGAAUCAAAACACAGCGUGGUGGGACGCCUCGCAAAUUUAUGGCUCAAGCGAGGCGACCACACAGAGCCUGCGAACCAAAGACCAGAAUGGGAAGUUGUCGCUGUCUCAAAAUGGCACUGUGACAUUUCUGCCCCGAGAUAACACUGGGAAUCCCCAGACAGGGUUCAACGAUAACUGGUGGACCGGUAUGGAAAUGCUACAUACACUUUUCGCGAUGGAGCAUAAUGCCAUCUGCGACAUGCUGCGCACCGCAUAUCCUGACUGGACUGGAGAUCAAAUCUUCGACAAGGCUCGCCUUGUCAACUGCGCCCUGAUGGCCAAGAUACACACGGUUGAAUGGACCCCGGCUAUCUUGGCCCAUCCAGCCCUUGAGAUUGGCAUGAAUGCGAACUGGUGGGGGAUUGCUGGGGAGACCCUGUGGAAGAUGGUGGGCCGAAUCUCAAAGACCAGUGAAACAAUAAGCGGUAUUCCUGGCUCUGGUGUAAACCACUUUGGCGUUCCAUAUUCUCUGACUGAAGAAUUUGUCUCCGUCUACAGAAUGCAUCCACUUAUUCCCGAUGAGAUCGCCUUUUUUAGUGCUACAGACGGCCGGCACAAGUCAACUAUCCCCAUCGUAGACACGAUCUUCAGCGGGGCUAAGAGGCCCUUUGACCAGGGUAUCUCGUUUGCUGACAGCUUUUACUCAUUCGGCAUUAAUUACCCAGGGGCUAUUACCAAUAAUAACUACCCUGACUUUAUGCGCAACCUAUCCACGCCAGACGGCCAGCAUCGGGACCUGGGCACUGCGGAUAUUUUGCGCGAUCGCGAGCGUGGUGUGCCCCGCUACAAUCAGUUCCGACGGCUCCUGCGCAUGUCACCCCCCGAAACCUUCGAGGAGCUCACGGGUGGUAACAAGGAGCUCGCUCAAGAGCUGCGCGAGGUGUAUGGUGACAUUGAGCUGGUUGAUACACUCGUGGGCUCACACAGUGAGCCAGUUCCCAAGGGCUUUGGUUUCAGUGACACAGCGUUCCGCAUAUUUAUUCUCAUGGCCAGCAGGCGGUUGAAAAGCGACCGCUUUAUUGCAGGACAAUGGGACACAAACACAUACACUAAAGAAGGGUUUCACUGGCUGCAGAAUACUGGCAUGAAGGACGUGCUUCUGCGGCAUUUCCCAGAGCUGGAAGUGCAUCUGAGAAACAGCAAAAAUGUAUUUGCACCGUGGGAGAAGUUACCUGAGUCUGUGGGGUGCAAGGGGUAG